AUUAAAUUGUUUUUUGUUGGAACUUGGUGGAAGAGGUUGUCACUUUUAAGUCUCCCAGUUAGCAGUGCCUGUGCCAUAUUUGUUUGUUAUUUUUAAAGAACUAAUUUGGUAAAAUGUUGCGACUUUUAAAAACUGCUUGUGUUGGAAAAUUGUCGAGAAAAAUUGGAGCACAAUCGUUCUCCGCUGCUGCCCUUGCAAAACCUAACCAGAAUCCAGAAGUUUUGUAUACAGGGAUUUUUAUCAACAAUGAAUGGCACAAAAGCAAAUCUGGAAAAACAUUCCCAACAAUCAACCCGGCUACCGAAAAGACAAUUGCUGAAAUUCAGGAAGGUGGCAAGGAGGAUAUAGAAAUUGCUAUAAAAGCUGCACGAAAUGCUUUCGAGAUGGGUUCGCCUUGGCGGAGAAUGGAUGCUUCCGAAAGAGGUGAACUUUUAUAUUGUCUAGCCAGUCUAAUGGAAAGAGAUCAAGCCUAUCUUGCAAGUUUAGAAACAUUAGAUAACGGAAAGCCCUACACAAUGUCAUACAAUGUUGAUCUGCCAAUGUCUAUUAAGAACCUUCGUUAUUUUGCCGGCUGGGCUGACAAAAACCAUGGCAAAACUAUUCCAAUGGACGGACCAUACUUUAAUUACACUCGCCAUGAACCUGUUGGUGUUUGUGCACAAAUCAUUCCAUGGAAUUUCCCCAUUCUAAUGAUGGCAUGGAAAUUGGGACCUGCUCUAGCCACAGGAAACACAAUUAUCCUUAAGCCAGCUGAACAGACCAGUUUAACUGCUCUCUACAUUGCCCAGUUGGUUAAAGAAGCUGGCUUCCCAGAAGGAGUGGUAAAUGUUGUUCCUGGUAAAGGCCCAACAGGUGCCAUAUUGUCCAAUCAUCUCGAUGUAGACAAAGUAGCUUUCACUGGAUCAACUGAAGUCGGUAAAUUGAUUCAGCAAGCAUCAGCUCAAUCGAAUCUGAAGCGAGUAACACUUGAACUCGGCGGAAAGAGUCCCAACAUCAUUUUAGCCGACAGUGACAUGGAUUACGCCGUCGAGACGUCUCACUUCGGUUUAUUCUUUAAUAUGGGUCAAUGCUGUUGUGCUGGUUCUAGAACAUUUGUAGAAGAUAAAAUAUACGAUGAGUUUGUUGAACGAAGUGCUGAACGAGCUAAAAAACGAACUGUUGGUAAUCCAUUCGAUUCAAACAUAGAACAGGGUCCUCAAAUCGACAACGAGCAGAUGACCAAAAUUCUCGGACUCAUUGAUACUGGCAAAAAGCAAGGUGCAAAACUUGUGGCCGGUGGAAAUCGUUACAAAGAUAUGCCUGGUUACUUUGUGGAGCCAACUGUUUUCGCCGAUGUUAAGGAUGACAUGACAAUUGCUCGAGAAGAAAUCUUUGGACCGGUACAGCAGUUGAUUCGUUUUAAGAAUCUCGAUGAAGUUAUUAAGCGUGCUAAUGCCUCGGAGUAUGGUUUGGCUGCGGCUGUGUUUACGAAGAAUAUCGAUAAAGCAAAUUACUUGAUACAAGGGCUACGAGCAGGUACUGUCUGGGUCAACACUUACAAUGCACUGGCUGCGCAAUCUCCAUUUGGUGGGUACAAAAUGUCAGGGCACGGACGUGAAAACGGUGAAUAUGCUCUUCAAAAUUACACGGAAGUUAAGAGCGUUAUAGUCAAAGUAAAUGAAAAGAGCUCCUAGUGGUGGCAUGAUUUAAAAAUAAAUAUAAAUUUGUUAUUUUAAAUAAAGUUUAUAAUUAUACAGAAAA